AUGUCCAAAUUAUCUUCAAAAAAGUUUAAAUGGAAUCUAGAGUUCAAUACAAAGUCAAAUAAGAACUCGGACUAUGCCUCCCCUCCUGGCUACAACCUUUCAGCUGGUCAACAUCACAGUGAAGUUGCACGGGAUACAGAUCAAAGUCAAUUGAUCAUAAAGAAGUCAUGGGAUGUAGCUUUAGGUCCAGUUAAAGGAAUUCCAAUGAAUUUGUUGAUAAUGUACAUGGCAGGCAAUUCGAUCUCAAUAUUUCCCAUAAUGAUGGUGGGAAUGAGUUUAAUCAGACCAUUAAAGGCUAUCUUUACAACAUCGCAAACUUUUAAGAGCUUCGAAAUUAAUCAAAACAUUGCACUCCAGAAAUUUAUUUUCUUUAUUGGAAAUUUAAUAAACAUUGGAUUAGCGCUUUAUAAAUGUCAUUCGAUGGGAUUGCUUCCAACUCAUGCAUCCGAUUGGCUUGCUUUUGUCGAUCCUCAGCAGAGAAUUGAAUUUUCUGAUGGCGGAAUUAGUUUAAUUUAA